ACAGCUUCGGGUUCCUGUUGUCCGCCGGAGGGCGAAGGGCGGCGAGCGCCCCCGGUGGGGCAGCGGAAGCGUGGGGGACCUGUUUGGCCGAGGGACGUGCUGCUCUCCGCGUCCCGGGUUCAGCCGCGUCUUCCACCAUGUUUGUUGGAGCCGGGGCUCUCCGAGCUCUUCGCCCGCGUUCCCUCCGCGCUCUGUCUAGUGGGAGCCGCGAGGCAACCGCAGAGGGUGUUCUGCUCCUCGCCGCUCGUCGGCGAACGGCCAGGACAAAAAAUAAUAUCCAGAGAUACUUUGGCACUAACAGUGUGAUAUGUAGUAAGAAAGAUGAGCAACAGUCUGUUCCAACCAAUGAGCUGUCCAAAGGAAUGUCAAAGAACCAAGACAAUGUAAAAGAGAACAUGAAAAAAGACUUGUUAACUAUUAUUAAGGGCAUGAAAGUUGAAUUAAGCAAAGUAAAUGUACAAACAACCAAGCCACCCAACAGAAGACCACUUAAAAGUUUGGAGGCUACAGUUGGUAGGCUUCAAAAACCUACAGAAAAUACCACAAGUAAGAGAAAUGAGUCUCUGAGUCCUGAGUUAGUGGCAGCUGCAUCUGCUGUUGCAGAGUCUCUCCCUUUUGACAAGCAGAUGACCAAGUCAGAGCUGCUCAGACAGCUACGGCAGCAUGAGGAGAAAUGGAGGGCUCAGAAAGAUGAAGAAAGACGGAAAGUUAGUUUCAGUAACAUAAUAUCAGAUAUGAAAGUUGCCAAAUCGGCUAUAGCUAGAAUUAAUAGAAGACCAGAGCAUCAGAUUCAAUUUGAUGAAGGACCAGAAAAUUUUGUUGACGAGGAAAAGACUGCUGAUCUUAGAAAAAGUUUUAAGAAAAAUAUAUUCAAGGGGAAGAGACUUAAUAUUUUUGAUAUUAAGGCAAUUACUGAAGAGAUACCUGAAGCAGAAACAUCACCUUCGCUUUGGGAUGUGGAAUUUGCUAAGCAGUUAGCCUCAGUGAAUCAACAGCCCUUUCAGAACGGUUUUGAAGAAAUGAUCCAAUGGACAAAAGAGGGGAAACUCUGGGAAUUCCCAGUUAACAAUGAAGCAGGUUUCAAUGAUGAUGGUUCUGAAUUUCAUGAACACAUAUUUCUGGAUAAAUAUCUGGAGGAUUUUCCAAAACAAGGACCAAUUCGCCACUUCAUGGAGCUGGUGACCUGUGGUCUUUCCAAAAAUCCAUAUCUGAAUGUUAAACAGAAGGUUGAGCACAUAGAGUGGUUUAGAAAUUAUUUCAAAGAAAAGAGGGACAUUCUAAAAGAAAAUGACAUACAAUUCAAUUGAAGGCCACGUAAAUUUUUAUUUCAUGCUAUUGAAUAUGGAUACUAUCACUAAAGAAAAAAAUUUUACUAGAA